UGACUCUCUGGCUUCUGGCGUGUGUGUGAGUGUCGGAGGAAAGAAGGCGAUAAAGAGAGAGAGAGAGAGAGAGAGAGAGAGAAAAGGCAAGGAGAAGCAACUCGCACUUCUUCCCCCCCCUCCCCAUCUCCCUGGUCCUUGUCACUCCAUCCUUCCUUCCCUUCUCCUGGACCACCCCCGCCAGCCCCACUCGGAGCCGGAAACCGACCCCGGGACCCUAUGACUCUCCCGACUUCAUCUUAUAGAAGACUGCAGCAUGGCCUGGCAAAGAACUCUAAAAUCUGAUGAAGCGAUCUAUUUGUAAGUGAGAGACCGUCGCUGUUGCUUCAUAUCCGCCUCACUCUGCUGUCCUUUAUGACCUGGGAAAACAUCACCCGCAGCAAAUCUGGUGCCUGGCUGGCAGGAGUACCAUCCUAUUCCUUCUUCCUUUGAGGAUUCCAGCAGCAUCAUUCGGUCAUACCUCCUCCUGGCAUGGAGUGUACCAAAGCCCAGUCGGAGGGUGGCCUCAAUGUCACCCUUACCAUCCGUCUCCUUAUGCAUGGAAAAGAAGUGGGGAGUAUAAUUGGAAAGAAAGGGGAGACGGUGAAAAAGAUGCGAGAAGAGAGUGGAGCACGAAUCAAUAUUUCAGAGGGCAACUGCCCAGAGAGGAUUGUCACCAUCACUGGACCAACAGACACCAUCUUCAAGGCUUUUGCUAUGAUUGCCUACAAAUUUGAGGAGGACAUCAUCAGUUCCAUGAGCAACAGCCCAGCAACCAGCAAGCCUCCUGUUACCUUAAGGCUUGUAGUGCCAGCCAGCCAGUGUGGGUCCCUCAUAGGAAAAGGAGGUUCCAAAAUAAAAGAAAUGAGAGAGUCCACAGGGGCACAAGUUCAAGUAGCAGGGGAUAUGCUCCCCAACUCAACAGAGCGUGCGGUGACAAUCUCCGGGACCCCAGAAGCCAUCAUCCAGUGUGUCAAACAGAUCUGUGUCACCAUGCUGGAGUCUCCGCCCAAAGGUGCCACAAUCCCGUAUCGCCCAAAGCCUGCUUCCACACCUGUGAUUUUUUCUGGUGGUCAGGCCUACACAAUUCAGGGACAAUAUGCCAUUCCACACCCAGAUCAGUUGACCAAGCUCCACCAGCUGGCUAUGCAGCAAACCCCCUUUACCCCUCUUGGACAGACCACCCCCGCUUUCCCUGGUUUGGAUGCCAGCCCCCCAGCCAGCACUCACGAGCUCACCAUUCCAAAUGAUCUAAUAGGCUGCAUCAUUGGACGGCAAGGAACCAAGAUCAACGAGAUCCGACAGAUGUCCGGUGCGCAGAUCAAAAUUGCAAACGCCAUGGAAGGCUCGUCGGAACGUCAGAUCACCAUCACGGGGUCGCCUGCUAACAUCAGCCUGGCCCAAUAUCUCAUCAACGCCAGGCUUACAUCCGAAGUCACUGGAAUGGCCACAGUCUAAUUUCUACCCGUCCUCCCUCUGUGUAUCACAUGACCCAAAUGUUUUUGCACUCUUAUUUGUUUCUUACUCUGUAUCAGACUCUUCAUAUUAAAGUGAUGUCAACUGUUGCUGUAGAUUAGAGAUUAUCCACACCUGAAAUUUCUGUCUUGAAAUUUGACUUUAUUUUUGUAACUAGAGAACUUUUCAUGGCGUCAUUUCAGCUACACAACCUAAUCCCGCUUCCAUUCGUUAGUGUAUUUUUACUUUUGUGUCACCGGACUUAAAACAUCUCAGACGAUGGGUCAUUUAUCGAAAUACCAAUGUUAGGUUUUAUUCAGACAUGCCAAGUUUUUGUAUUUUCCCGGGCAUUAAAUUGAUCGCAACUGAACUGUUCAGGUUGUCUUUGAAGAUGUUUCGCUUCGCAUGGUCACAGACUUAGAUUGGACAGAUCGAGUCUGAGUGUUGGGUGCCGGAUCCAAAGUAUUCAUCUCGCAUAGGAGGAGACAUACCCCAACAAUGAUUUUGCUCUAUUGCACUGCAAAACUCCAACUAAGUUAAGAUGCCAAGAACAGAGACCUCUGCCAGCACAAUAACAAUUGUUAGGAUGGAAUCACCCUCUUAAAGCAACACUUAGCAGUAACUUUUCAACAUUCAUAAAAUAUUUUCAUAAUUUUUAGGAUGAUACUGUCAUGAUCCGUGGCCCGGAUCAUGUUUUGUUAUUUUCUGUUAGUUUUGGACUCCCUUAGUUCCUGUUUGUGCACCUCUGGGUUUGUUUUAGUAGGGAUUAAGCGGGUUCACCUGCCUCGGGUUAGUGGUCGGCACGCUCACCUGUUGUCGACCACUAAUCAGAGAGCUAUUUAUUCACCUCUCUCGCCACGCUCAGUCUGGCUUCAUUGUUUGCUACACGCAACCUGUUACGUUAGUAUUUCUUGUCUCCUAGUCUAUGCUUCCUGUGCUAAGUGGUAGCCUUAGCUUCCCGUGCGAUCGGCACGUUCUUCCUUCUGCUUGUUUUCUGUUUUUGGUACAUGUUUGAUUUUGAAGAUUAAAUCAUGUUCCUACCUGAACGCCUUGUCCGGAGUGGUCCGUCUGCAUCCCGGGGGAACGAACCCCCCCCCCCCCCCCGUCGUGACAGAUACAUGGACUUGCAGCUAGUUGAAGACACCUCUGUCAUGGCCUGAGGGGGUCUGUAUCGCUCUCACUGGCACUUAGCAACUUUGAGGAGGGUGGCAGGAACCCUGCCACAAAAAACUACAGAUGUGCUGACUUGUUUUACGGCACACGUCACUUCCCCCUUUCCGCAUUCGUUAAAAAGACGGAAGUCGAUGCAAAUGCCUACAUGCAACCAGAACAGUAAAAGACGAAGAAGAAGAACGCCUACCUGCAAUUUGUGCUAUCAUGGCCGAAGCUCCAAAACAACCAAAGAAACGAAAAGUUUUGCCAGGGGAGACAAAAAAGGAAAAAUGGAGCUUACUUGGAUAAAAGGACAGGCAGGAUAAACAUUGCCCCGGCUUUCACUCGCUGGCGUGAGCUCAAAGACAAGGAAUUUCAGACCGAUGCUGUCUUGGCUCUGUACCUGCUAAACUAGUAAGUGACUUUGGAUGCUCAAAUCAAUAUGAUAUUGCUAAUUUUAGCGGGAAAUUUGCGUGGUAGCAAUAAAUAGCCACUAGCUUGAUAGUUUCAUUACUACUUCGCUUCGGACCUGCAUUUGCCCGAUACGUUCUUGGUAGUAGUGUCAUGUUUGUAGCGCAAUCCAAGGUCAUUGACAUCAGCAUGGCCAUUAGAGACGUAAUAUUUGUGCCAAUAUUCCAGCCGAGAUCAUGUCGGUAUGACGUCAUAUGCGCUAGUACUCAUUGGAAAUGUGGUCUUCUUCUGGCAAAACACUACCGCUUUGGUCCACUGGCGCCGCCAAAAUCAACCAAAACUGGAAGUUCUUUAUGUGGGGCUUUAAAGUAUUUAAUUCAGUUGCGUCCGUGGUCAAGGCGACACCCGAAACCAAAAGUGCCUAUUGCCUGUUUUUAUUUAUUUGAGAACAUUUUUUUGAAUCUCUACGAAGUUCUCAGGGCAUUCAAUCAAUCGCAACUGGACUGUUUGGUUUGUCUUAGAAGACGUUUCACCUCUCAUCCAAGUAGGCUUCAUCAGUUCAUGCUCAUAGACUUAGAUUGGUCAGAUCAAGUCUUAGACUUAGAUUGAUCAGAUCGAGUCUAGCAGCUGGUGCCAAAACACCAAUGAUUUAUACAUUCGAAAUGGUUCCACCCCAUUGUAGAGAAAAUAACAGCUGUUGAGAUGCAAAAGAUCAACUGCCAGAACCAUGUACCGUGGGGGAUUCUGACCUUGUAGUGGUCGUUACACAGUGAUCGUUUUUCCACGCAAUACCUCAAUGCUAACGAGGGAAAAUUCCCCUUUAACGACUGUCGUUGGCAUUUACCGAAAGGUUGCUCUUUUGCACCUCUACAGUUGUAUCCCCACAGUUGUGUUUCUCACUACAAUAGGGCAGAGCCGUGGGAUUUUGGCAUCAGCUGCUAGAUUAGCUGUGACAAAUCUAAGUCUAAGACUAGAUCUGACCAAAGCAUGAACGAUGAAGCCUGGUCGAAUUGUCUUCUGAGACAAAGCAGACAAACAGUCCAUUUAUUGAAUGCCUGGAGAAUAGCAUGACCUGGAUGAAUAGGAAGAUCAAUAGACUCUAAGGAAGUGUUAAAAGGACAGUGGUGUAUGUGGGGGAAGCUAGUGUCCCACACCCCAUCCUCCCUUUCAACAUUAGCGUAAAUGUACACUUAGUAUAGUAUAGUCGUCUAGUUCUAGAAGGAACAAGAACAGUGGAUGAGGAACGAAGAAUAAUUUCUAACCAAACCUGGUAACACUUUGAGGUAGACCAGACACUGAAGGCAUUACAACUAUGAAUGAACACAUGUGAAAUUAUGUACUUAACAAAAAAAAGGUGAAAUAACUAUUUCUUGGACAGGGAAGACGGAUGGCUAUGAAGACGAGUGAGGGAAGCCAUUAUUGCCAAGGGUUGGAAAACCAUCUGAAGUGGUCUGUGACAACAACUAUCAGCCACUUGCCACUCUGUCCUUUCUUCCUUUUCUUCUAAACCACAAUAGAGUGAAAGGCAUCCUUGUCUGGGCAUGUCCCCUCCUGUAGAGGAUAAAUAUUUUAGAAUCUGCACCAAGCGCUCUGGCUCGAUCUGUCCUAUCUAAGGGAGCAUGACCUGAUGAAGCCUGCUCGAAUGAAAGCUGAAACGUCCUCUAAGACAGUCCAGGUGCGAUCGAUUCGACGCCCCGAGAGUUGUGUACAUACUAAAUUUCCAAUUAAGUGUUCGGGUUUUACUGAAUGGGACUGUUAGCCCACAUGUUCCACUAAAUGACCUGCAUGGAAGUCACGGUAUUGUGGUGCAGUGCCAGGAAUCAAGCCGUGAAAGCUAAUUUGUAACUCAAAUGCAGAAAUAUCUCAGUACUGUACGUGCACUUCUGAACAAAAUUUUAAGACCAUGAAAAACCUUGAAAGAAAACAAUAUUUGCAAUUUUUGCUGUUGGUUAUAAGGAAUACUUGUAAUUUCACUCGAGUUUUAAGAUUUCCUUCAAGAGUGUUACAGAAAUGUCAACGCAUGUCAACUCUCAUUGAUUGAUUGAUUGAGACUUUUAUUAGUAGGUUGCACAGUGAAGUACAUAUUCCGUACAAUUGACCACUAAAUGGUAACACCCGAAUAAGUUUUUCAACUUGCUUAAGUCGGGGUCCACUUAAAUUGAUUCAUGAUACAGAUAUAUACUAUCAGAUAUAUACUAUCAUCAUAAUACAGUCAUCAAACAAGAUAAUCACAUUGAAUUAUUUACAAUCAAGGGUGUGGAGGGGGGGUAGGAUAUGGACAGCAAGUAGUGGACAUAGAGAGAGAGA